GCCGUGGCAACGUCAAGGAGAACAUCAACUUGAAUUAUAGAAUAACGUAUCUGCAUAAAUAUUUCAAGAUGUUUAACAGAUUCAGGAGAAGACUUAAAAGGUGGAGGUACCAUUCCAUAGUUGCAACUAUUGUAAUUGUUGGCUACCUGCAUGUACUAUCUCCCGAAAGUUUAUUAAGAGAAAAAAAUUCUACAAAACAUAAAAUGGUUCAUUCAUCCAAUACGAAUUGGGAAAAGGCAAUGCAGGGGUACAUGGCGUCCACAAAUAGAAGCAUUUACCCUGACAGAAAUCUCAUAUCUGAUGAAGCAAUAUUGAAAGAGGAUCUCAACAAUUUGGGACGACAAAGAUCUCGCGACCAUAACCCGAGAAGACAGUGGACGCAGGCGGAAAACGGAAGUAAACCACUUUCUGCAGCACAGGCCGUUAAAUUUGUGAGAGGAGGACACAUGAACAGAAGGAUACGUCCGUUCACUUACCAUUCAGUGAAACGGGAGUACACGCCUCUUAUCAACUGGGCAUAUUUGGUUACUAAGAGAAAUAAGAUAUUGACGAAAUAUUCAUUUUCAUAUGAUAUAAUGCCUGAACGACUUGACAGUGAACGUCCAUACCUGAUCAUAAUGGUGUUAUCGGUUGCAAAGCAUCAGAGGACAGCAAUCAGACAGACAUACGGCAGCGUCCUCCAUGGAAAAAGGUGGCCUGGAAGUAAUAUCAUUUUGAAUGCCAAGCUCAUUUUUCUAUUGGGGCGUACACGGUCUGAAGUAGGACAGGCUGUUCUUAGUGAAGAGAAUGCCGCCCAUGGAGAUAUUUUACAAGGAAACUUUAUUGAUACUUAUCGAAAUCUAACGCUGAAAGUGCUAAUGGGAUUAAAUUACGUUUCAGUGUAUUACCCUUCUACACAGUACGUCUUGAAGGCGGAUGAGGACACAUUCACGGAUGUUGAUAUUCUUGUGAGGUUGCUGAAGAAACUGCGACCUGUAAACUCCGUACUUGGGCAUAUAUACUUGUCCCCUCCUGUACUCAGGACUGGUAAAUGGGCUGUUUCGGUAUAUGUCUAUCCUUUCACACUCUACCCUCGUUAUGCAUCGGGAAACACUUAUGUGAUGUCAAUGGAUCUGGGGAGAUGCGUUGUUCAAAAUGCCAGUUUGUUCCCAUACACUCCCAUAGAAGAUGCGUUUAUCACUGGUAUCAUGUGUGUUGCAUGUAAUUGCAAGCAAUAUCACGUAAACGGCUUUACACAUUGGUUUGAAAGAGCUCCUUUCCUUGGAGAAUUUCUUAAGGGAUCCAAGAUAUCAGCCAAUAGAGUGACAGAUAAACGCAAGUAUAAUAUAUGGAAAAAGAUAACGGAAAAAUAUCGUUUUAAAUUUGUGAGCUGAGGUGAAGUAAGGUGAGGUGAGGUGAGGUGGAAUGUGGUAUUUCGUCGAGUUGAAGAUUAUUGCACUUAUAUA